UGUCCUGAACCCUGAAGCUACACAACAUGGCGGCCAGAGUACAACUUUAGCUAAGACUUACUUUUUACUCCAAUCGCUCAUACUUUUACGUUCCUGCAAUUUGAGAUUAGGACUGUUAUACGUCUGACCUGCGUGGCGUGUCACUACUACUGUACUGUUACUUGACCCUCAGUUAUUUAUAAGAAGUUAAGAACGGGAUUAAGCUACCGAGCUGAGCUCAACGGAUUAGGCUCCUACUGGGCGUCCAGCAAACGGCCUUAGCUUUCAAAGAACUGCGAAGGACUUUCUCCGGGCGUGUACAACCUCUUCAUAAAAUAACUCUCAAAACGAGGACUUUUCAUCUGCUGCCAAGUUUUAUUAUCAACAGUUAGAGAUCAUGUGAGUGAAGAAAGAUUAUUUCAGCCAGAUGUGACAGUCUGAUUUUUAGGCCUAGAAAGCCGAUGCAAACUAUGAGUGAGCCACCAGCCUCCCCCUUGAGUCUCAAGCCAGCCGCCGACGGGUGGAACAGCAUGAGCUUAUCUCGUCUGACUUUCAGCGGUAAGGACAUCGGUAUCUCCAAGACCCUUGCAGCCCUGGGCGUUCUCGGCCUCAUAUCGAUGCUGCUGGGCGGCCUCUCGGUCCUGCUCUUGUUCUGCCUCAGCUACCGUCAGGACAACCCACCGUCGGAGGCAGACGCAUCCACCCGGGUCGGUGGAGUGGGAUGGUCAGUCCAUUUUAUUGACUCUAGUGUGGUGCUCGGGAGUUUGUGCAUCAUGCUGUGCUCUUGUAGUCUGGUGUCCAGUUCGGCACAGUGUUACUUUGCAGCGAAGAUGCUGAAACUGCCUCAGGGAGAGGAAAGAGCACAUCGUUUUCUUACCGACACGUCAGGAGCAAGAUUUCUAGCAAUUAGUUCAUUCUUUGCUGCAGUGCCAGUAUUCGUUACAGCUUUGGGCUUGUUCAUCAUUCACGAGUUUCGUCUGGUGCCUGCCGUCUUAUCAACGUCCUUCCUGGGUCUCGGUCUGAUAUUGAUGCUCGCUACAUUCAGUCACAGCGUGGUGUUAUGGAGGAGGGAACAAGACCUGAUUAUUCGCGGAGUCGGCGUGUUUGAGUACAACGGUACAUCGGCCAUCAGCAGCAGCGUGGAUGGGAGGGCGCCCUUUGCUUACACCAAUAACGUGAACACAAACUCUGAGACGGCGCCUGCUGCAGCAGAUAACAACUUAUCAACUCUUGUAUAAAAACUUGGGCUGAGUUCGGGCGGUGUGUUUUGGGGCCAAGAUUACUGUUUGCACACCCGAACGAUGAGAACAAUACACUCAGCACAAGAUCUGGGCUAACCAGCUUGCACAGUUUCUUGUUCAGGAAGUACGUCAUGCAUGCAGUGAGAGUGUGAUGCAUGAUGGGACUUGCAUUAACCAAGGAGCGUGUUUGACACGUUUGCCCAUCCCACCCAGCGCCUUUGGUUAAGGGAAGGCGCUGGGGUCGAGCGAGAUCACACACCACCUUCUGCGGGGAUAAGUCCAACAUCUUCCACAGGGUAUGUCGAGCAGUACGAGGUUGACCGCUCUCUCAGUGUAAACAUGGUUGGGAAUUUAUUAGGUAAACAUGGGACGAGGUUGAGAUCAUUCUUCGGGUGGAAGAUACAUGGACAGCAAUCCUACGUGUUUUUGAGGAUCAGGAACACACCGCCCGAACUAGGCCUAUAAGAGUCUUCAUGAUCGUUCCCAUGCGUAUCGCACCCGCAACGGAAUCGAUAGUUAAGGCCGAGUCACACUGCAACAAUAACGAAAACGAUAACGACAACGACGCAAAGAGAACGCAUUAUAUU